UAUUUUGGAUAUAACAACGUACCUGACAAGCGCGAACGAGAGAGAAGAGAGCGCAAGCAAAAGAAAAAAAAGAAACAUAAAAUAGACUAUCAUAAUGCAUGCCGCGAUCGCUACAGCGAUACCUAUACAUUUGAGAGCUCAGUAUUUAACAAUAUAAAUAAAUUAUAAGUUAAGUAUGUAGUUUAUCAGUGACUGAGUCAUAACUGUCGAGUCAUUUCGUUUUUAAGCGUGUUCUGCAUUUAUUUACUGAUAAACUAUGUAACCAAAUUAAAAUUUAUUUCGAAUGUAUAUCGCUAUAGUGACAUCGCGUGCAUUAUGAUAGUCAUAAUACGUAUAUGUAUUAUAUGAUAGAUGUACAAAUAUGUUAAUAUAAUGCUAAUAUCCCUCAUCAUAUAGAAGUAACAAGUCAUUCUCUUCUAAGGCGUAAAAUAAACAUCACGCACUGAUAGUUAUUUCUUACGGUCUUGUAUUAUUAUCAGUAUUUGACUGUGUACAGAGUUUAUUACAAGUUAAAUUAAAUCGCGAGUAUCACAGUCGCACAAGCAGCCGAUUAACUAUAAUGGCAGGAUUAUUCGAAAUUCUCUGUGCCUGCGUGGUAAUCUUAUAUUUAAUUUAUCGUUAUGUGACCGCCGAUUUUGACUACUGGACAUCGCGCGGAAUUAAUGGACCGAAACCUAUUCCAUUUUUCGGCAACGUCGCCAAAUUUAUGAUGGGCAAGAAAAGUUUGGGUGACAUGUACAAAGAAAUUUACGUGCAAUACCCGACAGAGUCCGUUGUAGGUGUGUUUUUAAGAGGAAGACCCGUGCUUCUCCUAAGGGAUCCUAAAUACAUCAAACAGGUGCUGAUUAAGGAUUUCGCCACCUUUAUCGAACGGAGUACAUUUAUUAACGAUAAGGCCGAACCCAUGUCCAUGCACCUCUUCAGGCUCGACGCUGUUAGAUGGCGACCAUUAAGAACGAGGCUCUCGCCCACCUUUACGUCCGGAAAAUUGAAGGACAUGUUUCACUUAUUGCUGAACUGUGCCGACUACUUCGAAAAGUAUCUCGACAAAAAGGUAUCUGAAAACGGUGUUGUCGAGUGCAAGGAUCUAACGUCCAAAUUCACCGUUGAUGUGAUCGGAUCGUGUGCCUUCGGUCUCGAAAUGAACGCGCUGAAGGAAGAGAAUAAUGAAUUUCAGAAAAUGGGUCGUUACAUAUUCCGCGCCAAUACAGCAAUCGUUUUUAAAAGCAUGCUCAGAGAAAUCCCGUGGGUCUACAAGAACUUCGGACAUAUCUUUGAUGAUCAUAAAGUGACUAAAUUUAUAACGGACAUUACACGAAACACUAUAGAGUAUAGGAAGAAGAACAAUAUCCGUCGACACGAUUUCAUCGAUACACUCAUUGAUCUCAAGGAUAAUCCUGACAAGCUGGGCUUUAAUAAUGUAACGGAUGAAUUCAUUGCUGCCCAAGCGUUCGUAUUUUUUGCGGCUGGCUUUGAAACAUCCUCUACUACGAUGUCCUGUGCAAUGUACGAGUUGGCCCUGAAUCAAUCAAUUCAAGAUAAAGUUCGAAAGGAGAUUAAAGAAGUCCUUAACAGUAGUGAUGGAGUAAUAUUAUACGAUGACAUCAAGAAAAUGAGCUAUUUGGAAAAGAUCUUUCAAGAGACUCUUAGAAAAUAUCCACUAGUAAUGUUUCUCAUGAGAAGACCUAUAAGAAAUUACACUUUCGAGGGGACUAAAAUCGAUCUACGGAAGGGGCAAGAAGUGAUUAUACCCGUUUACGGCAUUCAUAAUGAUCCCAAUAUUUACCCAAAUCCGGAAGUUUUUGAUCCUGAACGAUUUAGCCCAGAAAACAUGGAACAGAGAAAUUCCAUGUAUUAUCUACCUUUCGGAGAUGGUCCAAGAAAUUGUAUCGGAGCAAGGUUUGCCGCUUAUCAGACCAAAGUUGGAUUAAUCAAAGUGCUGAUGAAUUAUAAAAUAAAUGUUUGCGAAAAAACUCAGAUUCCAAUUGUUCUUGCUCCACAAUCCCCUUUGACGCUUCAAACGACUCACGGCAUAUAUGUAAAAUUGACUAAGCUCAUCUAAGAAGAUGCUACGUAAUUUGUACGUAUGCUACAUUGUUUUGUACGACGUUAUUCUCAUGCAACUUUGUACUAGUUUUACAUAUUAAAUUUUAUAAUUAUAUAAAUAAGAAUAUCAACGUAUCGAUAACAUGCAGUAGUAAUAAAUGUUUUAAUGUUUGAUAUUACGUUUGAUAUCUAAAAUGUUUAUAUUUUAUAUUAUAUUUAAAAUCCACAUAUUAAGAAUAUGAACUAAAGCAUAUGCACUUAGAAAAGAUAGCAAUAAAAGUGAUAAUAUUUCACCGAAUAAAUUCAUUCGUGAAUAAAUUUAAAAAAUAAAUUUAAAGCUUAAUAGUCUCAGACCUUGACAUUGAUUAAGAUGCAUUUAAUGUUGUUAUCAUAAAACUAUAAACAUUUCGUAACGAUAAACGCAACAGAAGAAGACAGGAACGCUUUCUUUCAAUUUUGUAACGAAACUAAUAAAAUUCCCACGUAUUUCGCAAAAGCUACACCAGAAGCAUUUGAAUGCACCAAACAAAUUAACGUAUUUUUGCAUUGAAUAGCAUUACGAUUUAUGUUUAACUAUAGUAAUAAGAUCAUUGGAAAAUAUUGUGAAAGCCGAGGAAUAACUAAAUUAAAAAUCGGCGAUCUAAGCGCGUAAUUGGUGAAUUCAUUUUUCGGAUAAAAAGUAAUAAUUAAGUUUCUCUGCUAAUAAAAGAAAAUUAACGAUG